AUGGGUGGACUAAAUAAUUCUAUAGCUUCUGAGUUUGUGCUAAUGGGACUGUCUAGUUCUUGGGAAACUAAAGUUUUUCUCAAGGUGAUAUUCUCUUUAAUCUAUUUAGGGAUUGUCCUAGGAAAUCUUUUCAUUUUGUUCUUGAUGAUUUUUGAUUCUCAUUUACACUCUAUGUACUUCCUGCUGGCCAACUUGUCCCUCAUUGAUAUGGGUAUUUCCUCUACCACUGUUCCCAAGAUGAUCACAGACCUUUUAAAAGAACACAGAGUGGUCCUCCCUGUGAUUUCUUUCCAAAGUUAUAUGAUGCAGAUAUGUUUCAUCCACAUCACUGGAGGAGUCAAGAUGGCGCUCAUCGACAUGGCCUUUGUCAGGUACACAGCAAUCUGCAAGCCUCUCCACCACCUGAGCACCAUGAGCCCCAAAAUACGUGUUUCAUUUAUAAUCACCAGAUGGGUAAUUGGAGUGAUUCACGCUAUGUCUCAGUUUGUGUUUGUUAUAAGUUUGCCUUUUUGUGGUCCUAACAAAGUGGAUAGCUUUUACUGUGACUUCCCCAGGGUCAUAAAACUUGCAUGCCUGGAUGGAGCCAAUUUUGAAUUUAUUAUAGCUGCCAACAGUGGCUUCAUGACUAUCAGCACAUUUUUCCUUCUAAUCCUCUCCUAUAUCUUUAUUUUGGUCACUGUCUGGAAGCGUUCUUCAGGAGACUUAUCCAAGGCAUGUGUCACACUGUCGUCUCAUAUUACAGUAGUGGUUCUUUUUUUCACUCCAUGUAUGUUUCUCUAUGUCUGACCUUUUCCCUCAUCAUCAAUUGAUAAAUACCUGUUCAUUGUUGACUUUGCCAUCACCCCUGUCUUAAAUCCUACUAUCUAUACAUUAAGGAACAAAGACAUAAAAGUAGCUGUGCAAAGAAUGAACAAACGAAGAUAUUAUGUCAAAUUUUGCUAA